UUUUUGCAAAACCCUACCGAUUUAAAUUGUGUGUUUUAUUUAACGUUUGGCAGCGACACGCAUAUUUAAUAAUGGUUAUGUUAUCCAACUAAUUGCUGUGUUAGUACACAGGAGUUUAAAAAAAAAAAAAAAAAACACGAACACGUAUCAGGAAAGUAGCUACUUAACAAGACUGACAUGAUGUUUUCACGUACCGGUUGUUACAGUACCCGUACAAACAUGUAUGCUGCCUGUAACCCCAAACCAAAUCUAGAUAAUGCGGCUCCAUAGACAAACCUUAAGGACAGUUUUAAGGAAUGUAAAGCUUUUUUAUUAUUAUUAAGCCCAUUGUAAUUCAUAUAUUUCGUUUGCAGUUCAUAAAACCCCUUUCAACUUUUUUUUUUAGAGAAUGUUUGAAGCGUAUUCUCAGUUUUCAAAUAACAGUUUUUGCAUGAUGUCAUUUUAAACACUAUUAAAAAACAGCACUUAUAAAUAUUAUAAUUAUAAAUAUAGCCAGGUCGUCAUUAUUAAUAGCGUGUGCAAGUAUAGCCCAAACACCAAUUAACGCUUAUUAUGAAGAGUUUCAGACAGUCUAACACAAUAUCCAGUAUAACGUAUUUCUUGUGUAAAGAAUUAUUAUAUAUUAGACACAAAAACUUUAAGGCUGAGCUGUUUAUCUCCACAAUGUUCCAGAAUCCCCUAAUGGUGUCAUUUCUUUUUCAGUAUUUGGUGCCAUUUCUUUUAAAUCAAAGUGGAUCAGUCAUUUACUAUCUUACACUGGCCUCUACAGACUUGUCUUUAGCUGUGCCUGUAUCCAACUCCCUCACAUUCCUGUUUACGCUGUUAACAGGAAAGCUCUUGGGUGAAGAAAUUGGUGGGAAACGGGCUGUGUUUGGGAUGUUCCUCACUAUGCUUGGCGUUACACUCUGUGUGGCCAGCUCUGUUGGGGAGAACAGCUAAAAUGGAUAACUUGUAUAUCCAAAUAUGAAAAGGGAGCAAAAUACUGAAAAAGAAAAGCAGUCACACGGACUGCCCAGGUCUACACAGUGCCCUGAUACUACAGACCAUGCCCUGGCUGUAGGAACUGAUGCAGGUUCUCUGAGAAGCCAGCAACACCUGGGUCCAAGGUGUGCUCCAAACACGUCCUGGUUCCAUACCAAGGAAUCUUCAGGAGGAACAACUCGAUUCUGAAGAACUGUACAUGCUGUCCUUGUCUAGUUCUGUGCAAGCUGCAGCAGACACUAUAAAAUGAGGUCUUCGGACAAGGGUGUUCAGGUUGUUCAGAUUUACAAUUAAAGGGCAAAAACAAGGAACAUGAAGUUAACAGGUCCUUCAAAAUCAUUCAAGAAACACACACUACAUUUAUAUAAAGUUAGAUUUUUAUUGAAACCAAAUAGACUUAUUAAAGUAAUUUGUAAGCACUGUUUAACAUACAAUUCCAGAUAGUAAAUUGUUUGUCUCUUGCAAAAAAAAAAUCUGUAAAUAUUGAAAGUUAUGUAUGCCAUAUAAAUAUGUAUUUCUAAAAUAAAACAAUUGUUAUUUUUUUACA